AUGACUGACUCUUCCGACACGCAAUCCGAGAUUGUCGACUUUGUCAUACAGGCUCUGUUUCGCAGAGAAAAAAGGCCGUCUUCGUGGCCAAAAAAUCUUCUUUGUGACGGAUACCGCAAAAGGGCCAGAGAGGAUGAUCCAUGCGGUAGUUCUAUUCCGAACGUGUAUAGUCUGUACCCCAAUCACCAUGCCGCCGCCCUGAAGCGUAAACCAUGGCCAGAGUUGCUGGCUCUGUUGGGGCAAUCUGGACAACGAAUCAUGAUUGAACUUCUCUUCCAAGGCUCCAUUUACGUAACUGUAGAUGCCGGGUUCGGGAAUUAUUAUCAACUCAGUGGCACACCACUAUCAGAACUGGAUUUGGUCGAUAACUUGCGGAGAUCACCCGAUAAAUCUCGAAGGCCUUCAGACGUAGUACUUGUCAGGCGCCGCAUGUUUUACGCUAGACCGGCUCUUACAGCCCGUGGCCGAAUACAGACUGGCUUUCAGCAGAUCCAUGUCUUGAACCGAUGUCGCCACGCAAGCCCUAGAAAAGAAAAUGCCGACGUCCAGCAAGCUGACGCCAAUACCAUGAAAAUCAUGAUGUACAUGUUUCCCAGGCAAUUUGGAUUGCACAAUGUCUUCACGUCAAGCGUAAACCGUUUAGAGAUGGCGGGCAGGUUCCAAGAUUAUACUGUCCGGGAGGACGAGAUCCUGUCGCUUGCUCAAACACUUCAAACUGGAUCUGAAAAAAAGUUGCCCAAAUUACCAAAACGACUGCGAGGAAUUGCUUGGGAACUUGUGAAAAAGCUUCAGGUGCUUCACAGCCGUUGCUCGUAUACCGCAUUGCUGAGGCACUACUGCUCGUCGGAAUUCGAUACAAGGAGUUCGCAAAAGGUCUCAGGCAAUACCCUUCAUCAUGUUGUGGCAGCUCGCACGACAAAAGCUGAGCAACGACUCGGCACGAAUGAACCAUGCGGGGGGUUGUUCCCCCGUGCUUCGGACAAAUGCGAGACACCUGAAUGCAAUUCUUUUGUUGAUCUAGCGACUCCAGCAUCAGCAGUGUCAGCUUUCUGCCAAGCCGUUUUAUCCAACCUUGUUCCUAACGAUUUCUGGGGCAAAGGCGACGCAAUGUCUCACAAUAAGACAAUUAUCCUUCGCAGAGUCGACCAAUUCGUUAAACUGCGACGAUUUGAAUCCAUGACGUUGCAUGAUGUAACGCAAGAUCUCAAGAUUUCUGAUGUUCCGUGGCUACAACCACCGGGUUCGCGCAGUCAUAAUACCAGCCUAACUGAUAUGAAUAAGCGGCGCGAGAUAUUCAACGAGCUGAUAUACUAUGUUUUUGAUUCCUUGUUGAUAUCCCUGAUCAGAACAAAUUUUUACGUCACCGAAUCCAGUUCCCAUCGACUCCAGGUGUUUUUCUUCCGUCACGAUGUUUGGCGCCGCAUCUCCGGACCGGCCCUGGCGAAACUAAAGGGUGAAAUGUAUGAGGAGGUGAAGGUCAGUGAGGCGCAAGAAACUCUGGCAUCUAGACGUCUGGGGUUCAGUCGCUUGAGAUUGCUCCCGAAGGAUAACAAGCUACGACCUAUUCUGAAUCUCCGCAGACGCCAAAUCAGCAGGAACAACUCAAGAGUACUAUAUCCAAGCAUAAAUUCUGUGCUGGCUCCCAUCAGCACAGUACUCAAGUUCGAGAAGGACACGAAUGCUCACCUGCUAGGUUCCUCGCUCUUUUCGGUCGGCGACAUAUACACACGCCUAAAAGACUUCAAGCGAUCGCUUAGCUCCCAUCCUGGGGUCGGUGACGAAACAAGAUUAUUCUUCGCCAAGCUGGAUGUACAAUCUGCUUUUGAUACGAUGCCCCAAGAUGCCAUAAUCCAGCUCAUGACUUCCGUCCUGAGUCAGAGCCAAUAUACAAUGAUCAAGCAUGCAGAGAUAAAGCCAGGGGAGCGUGCCAUGUCCAAGUCCAAAAAGGCUGCUACGAAAGCAAUUUGCCAGUGGCGAGCCUCAGUCCUGGGGCGAGAUGAAGAAGGCGCCUUCACCUCGCGGUUGCACAAUGGACUAGCCAACAAGAAAAAAUAUACAGUGUUUGUCGACGGCGUGGCUCAAAGGACCCACGAUGCAAAAGAUCUUCUGGACUUGAUGUCAGACCAUAUCGGAGGAAAUCUGGUUAAGAUGGGCAAGAAAUACUACCUCCAAUCAAGAGGGAUACCUCAAGGAUCUGUUUUAUCCUCGUUGCUCUGCAACUACUUCUACGCUGAUCUCGAGAGAAGGCAUUUAUCUUUUCUUUUCGAACCAGAUUGCCUGUUGGUGAGACUGAUCGACGACUUUUUGCUUAUCACGCUGGACAGGCACAAGGCGGAAAAAUUCGUCGAGAUGAUGCAUCGGGGCUUGCCAGAGUAUGGCGUGGAGGUGAGCACCCAGAAGACCUUGGUCAAUUUCGACGUGCAUAUCGAUGGCAAGCGUGUUCCCAAAGCCAUGGCUGGAACUGGCUUUCCUUACUGCGGAAUCCGUAUCAACGAUACGACCUUGGAGAUCACCAAGGACGUGGAAGCUCGAAAGCAUAUAGCCAUUCAAAACUCUCUGACUGUGGAGUACGGUCGUUCGCCUGGACAGAAUUUCCAGCGAAAGGUGCUGAAUACUUUCAAGAUGCAAUCGCACUUGAUGUUCUUUGACACGACACACAACACGGCGAAAACUGUUCUGGACACGUUGCGGCAGGCAUUUAGCGAGACUGCUCGCAAGAUGCAGGCUUACAUACGAUGCUUGCCCAAGAGACAGAGGCCAAGCACCAGCCUUAUCACGCAGACCAUCUGCCAAGCGGCACAAGUCGCUUUUGCCAUUCUCUCUAGCAAGUCAAGGCGAUUGCAGUACCCCGAGUAUGCCUGCUCUAUUCGCCGGGGACAAGUCACUAGCGUUGCGUACGGGGCCUUCUUGGACGUGUUAAGCAAGUAUCAAGCGAACUAUGGACCGGUUAUCCAGUGGUUGCGACAACAUGCCGAGAAACCAGCGCUUGCUGCGGAGAACAGAUGA